UCUUAUGCUCCCACCAGUUUCCAAAACAAACAGUGGAGGCUGCAGCCGUCUAUUGACUCAGUUGGAUGCAAGAGGAUCUCGCCGUGGCCGCUGCCCCCCGACGGGAGCCGUGCGGCGGCCGGGCGAGGGUCGCUGGGUACCGGCCGGGAUGGAGCCGCCGCCGCCCGCCUGAGCCCCGCUGCCGCCCGGGGGGACCCCCGGCCCGGGGGGGAUGGCGCUCAGCUCCCGGGCUCACGCCUUCUCGGUGGAAGCCUUGGUGGGACGCUCGACCAAGAGGAAGGUGCCGGAUAGUCGCGAUGAGGAAACCGGGACCGGCUGCAGGCAGAGCCGCAGAGCCCCGGAGCCGGCGAAGCGGCCCAGGGCCGGUGCCGAGAGCCGGGAGGCGGGGGCCGGGGCGCAGGUGGAGCUGCAGGGCUCCGAGCUCUGGAGGAGGUUUCAUGAGAUCGGCACCGAGAUGAUCAUCACCAAGGCCGGCAGGAGGAUGUUCCCGUCGGUCAGGGUGAAGGUGAAGGGGCUGGAGCCGCUGAAGCAAUACUACAUCGCCAUCGACGUCGUCCCGGUGGACUCCAAAAGAUACAGGUACGUCUAUCACAGCUCGCAGUGGAUGGUGGCGGGGAACACGGACCACUCCUGCAUCACCCCGCGGCUCUACAUCCACCCCGACUCCCCCUGCUCGGGGGAGACCUGGAUGAGGCAAAUCAUCAGCUUCGACCGGGUGAAGCUCACCAACAACGAGAUGGACGACAAGGGGCACAUCAUCCUGCAGUCCAUGCACAAGUACAAGCCUCGCGUCCACGUUAUCGCCCAGGACUCCCGCUUCGACCUGGCGCAGAUCCCGUCGCUGCCGGCCGAGGGGGUGCAGACCUUCUCCUUCCAGGAGACCGAGUUCACCACCGUGACUGCCUACCAAAACCAGCAGAUCACGAAGCUGAAAAUCGACAGGAAUCCCUUCGCCAAAGGUUUUCGGGAUCCCGGGAGGAACAGGGGGGUCCUGGACGGGCUCCUGGACACUUACCCGUGGCGGCCCCCCCUCGCCCUGGACUUCAAGGCUUUCGGCGCAGACAGCCAGGGUGGGAGCUCCAGUUCUUCGCCGGUGACCUCCAGCGGUGGGACACCCUCUCCUCUCAACCCCUUGCUCUCUCCAUCGUGCUCACCUCCUACCUUCCACUUGUCAGCGAGCAACAUUGGCGGGUCAUGCCCCGAGACGUACCUACACAACUUCAAUGUGCCCCUCUACUACAAGAUUUGUCCUACAAGCUUCUUAAGACAACAGUCUCUCAUAUUUCCAAGCCAUGAAAAACUAGGAGGCACCAACCCGCAUCUUUUACCCCACUUCAUGGUGGAUAUGCCAAAACUAUCUUCCCUCGGCAUAACCAAUCUGAAAAAUGCUAAAGCUGAAGACUUAAACGGGCAAUGUCUACAAGUACCCAAUUCUGCUAGUCAAAUGCUGUAUGGAUUACAUGCAUCUGGAAACAUUUUCCCAUCAAGUCCCAUUGCUCGGGAAGCACUUAAUUGUUCUUUACAUCCUCCAUAUGGCUUGUAUGGUUAUAACUUCUCUGUGCCAUCUAGACUGAUGAAUGCAGCAAGCCAUUUCAAAGUGAGUGACAGCAUUCCAGCUUCUUUGAGAGAUGGCAGAUGUAAUCACUCUAACUGGCACCCAACAAUUAACCAUUGCCUUUAGUGGAACUAUAUAAUAUAAUAUAAUAUAAUAGCAUUGAUAUGUAAAGUAAACCUUUCCUUCCUUCAUACCCAAGAGUUUACUAGUUAUCGACUAUGAAAUACUGCAUGGUACAGGAGCGGUAUGUCUAGGCAUUUAACUUGUUUUGUGGGCAAACGUGUUGUGAUGUUGGGAGGGUGGAGGGUCUGGGAGCGUGGAGGAUCUGAGAUGAUCCACAGCAAGUUGAUACCUUUUGGUAAUAUUUAUGUCAUGGUUGUAGGUUAAGAGUAAACUGUACAGUCACCUUUUUAAUAUUUGCACUCUGAAGUGGGAACGUAGACAUAUACAUUUCUACAAAAAUGUUUUCCUGAAACUCUCUAUCUAGCUUGCCUUUAGUUAGCUCAAAGCCCUAGUGAGCUUCUGCUCACCCCACUUCAGUUUUUCCUCUAAUUUCAAAGGGACUAUUUGAGACCUUGAGUCAGAAAAGGAGCCGUAUUUGGCCAAGUGCUCGAGCACAGUCUCAGGUUCCUUGGCUUUAGUGGGUCCUAAUUAAUGACAUGGAAUGGAAUAGCCUUGUUCUCCAGGACCCAGCUGACUCGGUUGUCAGAGUGGGGACAUAAAUCCUAGUAUCUGCUGCUGAGGUAAAGAAAGACAGGAUAAAAGAUGGAUGUGUUCCUACUUUGUGAGGAUGAGAAAGUGGAGCCUGACACAAAGGUGACCCAAGAACCCUCCUCUCCAUGCUCCUGAUUCUGGAGAUCUCUGGGAGGUGGUAGAGCAGAGCGGCAGCAGCAUCAACAGUGUGGUGGAAAGGAACAGGGGAUGGGGGGGUCACAAAUCUCCCACACAGAGAGACAGAUCAAUGCUGGGGGACCUGGGGGAUAUGUCGGAGAGCUGUGUGGGAUGAAACAUCUCUGGGAGCCCUGGAGGACACUCCUACCCAGUGCUUUCAGCCCCAGGGGACACUGAAGAUCCACCUGGGAUCCCAUCCUGUGCCCGAGGGAAGGAGCAGACACACUCCAGGAUUGGUCCCAGGGAGAAUGCAGAUCCUUUCUGAAGAGUUACAACUCUAUGGGCCCCAAAAUAUGAGAUUUUCAAUUCCUUCCAAAAGUCCUGUUUGUUUUGUUAUAACCUGUGGAUAUUCUUGUUAUUCCUGUAAAUAACCUCUAGCUCCCAAGGGCACAAUAUAACUCACAAUAAAUUGGGGCACAAGUUUUAUUCUUUAUUUGAUUGAUGCUCAGUCCCUAUCUGAAGCCAAUUUUAUUACUUGAUAUAUGACAGAGAAUGGAAAAUAGUGCUUGACUGGGACUGGCUGCAUUUUGUGAUUAAGAUAAAAGAAUCCUGUAUUUACAGGCAUAACACAGCACUAUAUAGCGAUUAAGCGCAGGUUUAAGAAUCAAAAUUGGUAUCAGAGUUUUGGUUUUAUUUUCAUCUAUAACAGACAACAAAUUAAGAACAGAACAAGCAAUAUGAAAAUCUGUUAAAAUAACAAAAAGUCACACUUUUACUUUCAUGAGACUUUGUUAAAAAUCAGACAACACUGAUUUUCCUAAUUUACCUGCUUUGAGUGUCCACAGAGCCCCCAGCAAUACCAGUAUGAAAUCGUGGGCCGUGCUUGCCUUGCUGAAUGGUCUGUACAACUGUAAAAAUUA